AUAUAUAUAUAUAUAUAGAGUAUUAUUAGGAUUAUUGAAAAAUAUAGGAAAAGAAAAUAUGAAAAACAUUUCAAAUUUUGCAAAGUUCUUUCACUAUAAAGAUUUUGAUUCAGAAAAGUCAGUAACAUCAUGGUUUAUAUCACCAAAAAUAUUAUUGAUAAUUAGAGGGAUCAUUGCAUUAUAUGCUUGGAUUAUAUUAAUUGGACAAUUUGUAAAUUCCGCAACGUAUGGUGGAGCGGGUGAUUUUUUUAAAUUUUUUACAAAUUUAAGCUUUGUAGGUCUAACCGCUUAUUUUACGACAGCGUUUUACCAUUCAUAUCGAUAUGUAACUAAAAAUAAUAAACCGGUUUCUUUCCAAAAUCAACCAAAUAUCUUAAAUUGGUUAUUUUGGUUACUUUAUCAUACUAUGACACAUUUCUCGACGGUAAUAGUGUUAACUUACUGGUUAUUCUUGUCGAGAAACUUUAUAUUUGCAAAACCUCAGCCGUUUAGAUGGUGGUUAAAUGUAUCAGUGCAUGGAUUAAACUUUUUAUUCGCUAUAAUAGAAAUAUUUUUAAAUCGUCAAAUUAUAGUCGUUUCUUUCGUUAUAUUAAGUCUUACCAUACAAAUCUUAUACAUGUUUGUCGUUUUUAUAAAUUAUGCAGUAACUUCAAUGUGGAUAUAUGGGUUUGCGGAUUUUACAAAAGGAUCAAUAACAGCUAUAUGGUAUAUUGGAUUAAUUAUCGGAUACAUCAUAAUCUUCUUUCUCGUGUAUGGAGUACAUUUAUUAAGAGAUUUUCUAGGAAGAAGAUUUGGUCGUUAUAAUAAUAAUGAUUAUAUAAAUAAUAAUGAUAAAUCCGUUUCUUCCCUUCCAAUUUGAUUCGAUUCAAAAUUUUUUUUUUUUUU